AUGACAGAUCAAGGACCAGAUAUGAUUAACAGAGAUCCGAACGGACUCAAUGACCAUGUCAGGGUUCAUUUCGAUGAAGUUCUGGGAGAACCAGACGGAUCCCACUCAUUGGACUGUGUCUGGUCGGGGUCCUACCUGUGCUUCAACUGCUGCAAGAACUGCUGUUACAAGUGCUUGACUCUGUUCUGCGGAAUCCCGCUGGCUUUCUGCUGGGGCUGGGAGAUGGCGUGUAUUACCUUUUGGCAUGUCUGGUACGUCACUCCUUGCAUGCGAGUGUACAUGAUCAACUGUGGCUGCAUGCAGAAAUUCUACGGCACUUGCAUACAGUGUUGCUUACAACCUAUAUGUGAGGCCUACAGUUACUGUUUAAGUAACAUCAGGGUUACUAAACUGUCGGGGUGA